AUGACUGGACAAUCUACAAGACGAUGGCUCCAGCUGUCUUUCCUUCUCAUGGCUGGUUCCGCCUCAGCAGGAUCCCUCAAGCUGUCAGACUUUGAGUCUAUCAGUGACAAGUCGUUUCCAGAGACCUGUGUUCAAGCCUACGAUACACCACUCUCCCAAUGCACACCCAAAGACUUCACUGAUGGCAAGGCAUGCAGUGCUGCUUGUAAGGACUCGGUUCAACAAGCCCAGGGCUUCAUCCAAGCAUCAUGUGGUGAUGUCUCAGCCAACUCAGAAUCGCUUCUAAGCCGCGGCCAAAAGGGCAAUCUUGUCGCUGUUCUCUGUCGAGAUGUCGAUGAACCUCAAUCGAUACCCGAGUCUGCACCUCAGACUCAGCCUCAGACUCAACCCAAGCAGGAGCCCGAGCCUGAAAAGACUCAGCCCCCAGCCACAACAACGACCUCUGCUUCUUCUACCAAGGUCUUAAAGAUUGUCUUAAUUGAGACUGGCCACACUACUUUAGACGACAAGUCAAACGGUAGUCUGGAUGGACCACCCCUGUCUUCAGUGGACGAGGACCUUGCCACCAAGAGCACUGUUCUUGCAAUCGACACAGACCAGCCAACUGGCUCUCUUCCCAUGCCUGCUCCUCCUAGCAUGAUGACUUCUGUGACAAAGCCGAGUGCUGCUAGCCACACGGCGGCAUCAGCCAGCGAGGAGUCAACUCCUACGCCCACAACGGCUGGCGGUUCUGUUCAUGCCCCCAGCUUUGGGUUCAUGUGUGCUUCUUUGGCCAUGUCUGCUAUCAUGUACAUGGUAGUCAACUAA